AAAAAUUAGAAAUGUUUUUCAGAAUUUCCUCAAACUCAACUGAAAAUACUGUAUGCACAAACUAAUCAAGCAUCUCGGGAAAAGAGCUUUCUCAUCAAGACCAAGAACACCUGAACUUCAAGUAGAUAAUAUCGUCAUUGGUGCAGGUGUGGUUGGACUGGCUCUUGGUGAGAAACUGACACGCUGUAUGCCUAAAGAGACAACUUGUGUGAUUGAAAAGAAUAAGCGAGUAGGAGAAGAGACAAGUGCUCGAAACAGUGAAGUGAUUCAUGCAGGUCUUUAUUAUCCAGAAAAAAGCCUCAAGACGAAACUAUGUAUCCAAGGCAACCGUAUGCUUUAUCGUCUAUUGGACAAGACAAAUAUCGGCUAUCGUCGUCUAGGGAAAUGGAUUGUGGCACAAAAUCAAGACCAGCUUACUUAUCUUGAGAGUCUUCAUCAGAAAGCAACACGACUAGGGGUAGAAACUUAUUUCAUGGAUCCUCAAGAAGCCCGUCAUAUCGAACCCCAUGUGAAGGCCCAUGCUGUCUUGGUAUCGCCUUCCACAGGCAUCAUUGACUCGCACCAAUUGAUGGACUAUUUAGAGCAACACAUAGGCGAUGUUGCCCUGAAUACAGCUGUUCGGGGAUAUCUGUUAGAACUAGCCACGCCAUCGGAUGCACAAGACACGACGUGUGUGUUUGCUAAACGUGUAUUUAAUGCAGCUGGUUUACAUGCAGACAAAGUCAGCAAUAUGUUGAUGCCAGGACAUUACAGGCUGUAUUAUGCCAGAGGACAUUAUUAUACCUGUUCAGAACCUAUUCAAGUCAACCACUUGAUCUAUCCUUGCCCUGAAAAGAAUCUGGCUGGUCUUGGUACCCAUUUGACAUUAGAUCUAGCAGGCAGAAUCAAAUUUGGUCCUGAUGUACAGUACAUUGAUGAUCCUUAUGAUUAUCGUGUGCCUGAUGAUGACAAGAAGCGAGAAGUAUUUGCAGAAGCUAUUCAGUCUUAUCUUCCUCGUAUGCAUAAAGAUAAACUGAACCCUGAUUAUUCAGGCAUUCGACCUAAACUGGCAGGUCCAGGUGAACCCUUUAGAGAUUUUGUGAUUCAAGAAGAACCAGACCAUGAUAACUUCUUUACAUUGAUUGGUAUUGAAAGUCCUGGUCUGACAUCCUCACUUGCAAUUGCUGAUUAUGUUUAUUCAAUGAUAAAGAAAUAAAAAUAAAGGGGGAUAUUUAUCGGCUAUUGUCAGUCGUAGGUAACUCCUUCUUCCGUAGUUCAUCAAAGUAAGGAUCUAAAGAGAGAAAGCAUUAUUUGUCAGUGUGAUUUGAAUCUUACUUACGUUGCAAUGCAUCACUUGCUGUAAUUCGCUUUUCAGGAGGAUAUUCAAGUAAACGCUUUAAGAGAUCAAUACCUAAUG